AUGACCAGCUAUACAGUUAGCCGAUCGCAUGAGGGGAGAGCUGUUGAGCCCAUUACGUUUACACAGGACGAUGCGACGGGUGUACACUUCCCACAUUGUGAUGUCUUGGUAGUCAGAGCUAUUGUGGCAAGCAACGGGCUGAAGCGUAUGCUGGAGGAUAAUGGUAGCUCAGUCAAUAUCCUGUUUGGCACAACCUUCGACAAAAUGGCAAUGGAUCACGAGCUGACACCAAUGAGCUCGCCCCUUUACGGAUUCAUCGUAGACCGUAUCAUUCCCAGGGGAAAGAUUACUCUGGCUGUUGAAAUGGGAGCCUCACCCCAGAUAGCACACCACUUCAUGGAAUUCCUGGUUGUGGACCGUCGAUGCGCCUACCAUGGAGUUUUGGGGAGGCCCGCCCUAAAAGAAUUAUGGGCAGUCACUUCUAUUUAUCACCUCUGCAUGAAACUCCCAAUGGAGCGAGGGAUUGCCACUAUCAGAGGCGACCAGAUGGGAUCCGGGAGUGCUAUCUCAAUUCGUUAA